AUGGAACCGGUGCUAGUGCAGACCAAGCCGUACGAAGGCCAAAAGCCCGGAACCAGCGGCCUGCGCAAGGCCGUCAAAGUAUUCCAGCAGCCCAACUACACGGAGAACUUCGUGCAGGCCGUGCUCGGCGCCGUCCAACCCUCGGCCACCGGCAGCACCUUGGUGGUCGGCGGCGACGGCCGGUUCUUCUGCGCCGAAGCCGUGGACGUGAUAAUUAAAAUCGCCGCUGCCAACGGGGUAAAGAAAUUGAUUGUAGGACACAAAGGAAUUCUGUCAACGCCAGCUGUGUCCUGCAUCAUUCGAAAAUAUAAAGCGACCGGUGGCAUAGUACUUACAGCUAGUCAUAACCCAGGAGGUCCUGAUAAUGAUUUUGGUAUUAAAUACAACACGGCCAAUGGAGGUCCUGCACCAGAAUCUGUUACAGACGCCAUCUAUGAGAUAACCAAAACCAUCUCUUCAUAUAGUAUUGUACCAGAUUUGAAAUGCUCUAUAGAUUAUUGUGGCUUACAAUAUUUCCAAGUUAGUGGUAAAGAAUUUGAAAUAGAAGUCAUUGACUCUGUUGUAGAUUACCUUCAGUUGAUGAAAAGUAUUUUUGAUUUUGAUGUUAUUCGCAAGUUAAUCAAAGGGUCCAAUGAUAAAGCUCCUUUUAAUAUUCUUAUCGAUUCAAUGAAUGGAGUAACUGGACCUUAUGUAAAGAAGAUUUUUAUUGAAGAAUUAUGUGCACCAACAAAUAAUGCUAUCAAUGUGAUACCUUUAACUGACUUUGGCGGAAUUCAUCCGGACCCUAAUCUCACUUAUGCUUCUGGCCUUGUAAAAUCAUUACAAGAAGGGGAGUAUGACCUUGGUGCUGCUUUUGAUGGAGAUGGUGAUCGUAAUAUGAUUCUUGGUAAAAAAGCAUUUUUCAUCAACCCAAGUGAUUCAUUAGCUGUUUUAGCAAAUAAUCUGGAAUGUAUCCCUUACUUUAAAGUAAAUGGUAUCAGAGGAUUUGCCAGAAGUAUGCCAACAGGUGCAGCUGUGGACAGGGUAGCAGCAAAGCUAGGAAAAGAAAUUUUUGAAGUGCCUACAGGUUGGAAAUUUUUUGGAAAUUUAAUGGAUGCAGGUCGUUUGUCGCUCUGUGGUGAAGAAAGCUUUGGAACUGGAUCUGAUCAUAUUCGUGAAAAAGAUGGUAUAUGGGCUGUUUUAGCAUGGUUGUCAGUGUUGGCCAAUACUGGAGAGUCUGUAGAGACUAUACUUACUAAUCAUUGGAAAACUUUUGGACGUAAUUACUUCACCAGAUAUGAUUAUGAAAAUUGUGAUUCUGAACCAUCUAACCAACUUAUGUCAGAUUUGGAAAAAAAAGUUACUGAUCCCGCAAUUAAGGGCCAGAAAUUUAUUUAUGGCUCAAAGGUUUAUAUAUUUAAACAAGCUGAUAAUUUUGAAUAUUGUGAUCCUAUUGAUAAGAGUGUCACUAAAAAACAGGGUAUAAGAGUGUUAUUUGAAGAUGGGUCCAGAUUUGUGUUUCGAUUAAGUGGUACUGGCAGUAGUGGUGCUACUAUUCGUUUAUAUGCUGAAUCAUAUGAACCGCCAACAUCAAAUAUUUUAGAAGACGCUCAAGUGGCUCUUAAUCCUCUUGUCCAAAUAGCAUUGGAGAUUUCUAAAUUGGUACAAUUUACUGGACGUACUUCUCCAACUGUCAUUACGUAA